AUCGUUAAACUGUGACUCGCGCUAUAGGUGUAUGUAUAGUGUAGACAGUACACCUUCAAAUUAUUUUAUUCAUAUCUCUCUCUCUCUCUCUCUCUCUCUCUCUCUCUCUCUCUCUCUCCUGAUUGUCCUGAUUGGUAGAAAGCAAAGACUGCAGCACCUCCGCCGCAUCAUCGUCACCGGCCAGAUCGAUUGUUAUACAAGCUACAGUAUAGGGUGUAGUCUUCUAAUGGCAUAUCAUCCUAACCAUAUCUCGCAAGAUAUGGGCCUACAACAACAUUUCUCCGACACCGACAACAAUUCCGUCCUCCGAACGAUUCUUCCAGAACAUCACCACCUCGCAUCCGCCGCACAAUCUUCCUCUUCUUCCCGUUCCGCCGGAAAAGACCACUGGCUCAAUAACGCAAUUCUCCGGCAACAAGACAGAUUCGGUGGCGGAACUGGCGACGGUAACAAUAAUAUCUUCCUCAACCUGCAAACGAACCACAAUAAUUCAGAUUCUGCAGCUACGACGUCAUCUCAGCAUCACCACCAUCAACAGGUUGCUAACAAUAACAACAAUCAGUGGCUAUCGAGAUCGAUAUUGCAGAGGAACGUUAGUGAUGUUAGAGGAGACGACGGAGUUGCGGAAGUUUCUACUGACUCAAUUAUCGCCGCCGCCGCCGUGAUGUCUUCUCACAGUUCACCUGAUCUGAACAAUCAUUCUAGAAACAUCGCUGCAAGUCAGGUGGAUAAUAAUGUCGGAGGAGAGCUCGGAGAGAGUGAGGCAGGUGGCACCGACGGCGGUGGUGGUGGUGGAUCGUUAAUGAAUUGGCAAAAUGCGAGACAAAAAGCAGAGGUACUGUCGCAUCCGUUGUACGAACAGUUAUUAGCGGCUCAUGUGGCUUGUCUGCGCAUCGCAACGCCGGUGGAUCAGCUGCCGAGAAUCGAUGCACAGCUUGCGCAGUCGCAGCAGGUGGUUUCGAAGUAUUCCGCUCUUGGAGGCCAUGGUAAUCUUGUUCAUGAUGAUAAGGAGCUUGAUCAAUUCAUGACACAUUAUGUUCUGUUGCUUUGUUCUUUCAAAGAACAAUUACAGCAACAUGUUCGAGUUCACGCAAUGGAAGCAGUAAUGGCCUGUUGGGAGAUUGAGCAAUCCCUACAAAGCUUAACAGGAGUGUCCCCUGGAGAAGGCACAGGGGCAACAAUGUCCGAUGAUGAUGAAGAUCAGGUGGAUAGUGAUGCCAAUUUAUUUGAUGGAAGUCUUGAUGGACAUGACACCAUGGGAUUCGGCCCUCUUGUCCCAACAGAGAGUGAGAGGUCAUUGAUGGAACGUGUUAGGCAAGAACUAAAACAUGAACUCAAACAGGGUUACAAGGAGAAGAUUGUGGACAUAAGGGAGGAAAUAUUACGCAAAAGGAGGGCAGGAAAACUACCUGGUGAUACUACCUCUGUUUUAAAAGCUUGGUGGCAAUCACAUGCCAAAUGGCCAUACCCUACUGAAGAAGACAAAGCACGAUUGGUUCAAGAAACAGGGCUACAGUUGAAGCAGAUAAACAAUUGGUUUAUCAAUCAGAGAAAACGCAACUGGCAUAGUAAUCCUUCCUCUUCUACAGUCUUGAAGAGCAAACGCAAAAGAAGCAAUGCAGGUGAUCGUGAUGGUGAUCAUAUCAUGUAAAUCAAGCAAACCUGUACAUGUAAUCUACGAGCCCAACCCACACACAGAUAUGCAACAAAUCUCCAACCAAAAAGAUGAAAAUGGUGCUUUAUGUAGAAAAGGGAAGGGCAUAGCGUGAUUACAUUGCAUGUGUUGUUAUGUAGCAAAGGGAAGUACAUGCGGGCACAACUUUAUGUUUUAUUUUAGAAUGUUGAUUUGAUUAACUUUAUUCCGCUACUUUUAACCGUUUGUUUUUGGAACAUAGUUGAAUGUUAUUAUUAUGAUUAUUUCUGGUUAAAGAUUAUGGUUUUUAUUAAUGGUGAAAUGAACUCUAUUUUAGUAUUUUUAUAUUAAAUAAAUGGAGAUUUAAAAACUUUAAAUUUAUUGUAAUUUUUGGGACUUUACAUGGGUUACAUCACUAAAGUCGACCACACAGUCUGCUAAUGCUUGCGACUUUAUCGCCAAUCUUGGUUCAUACUUGAUGUCAUAUGUGUUUAGCUUCACAUACCAUUUUGCCAUUCUUCCUGGCAUCUCAGAUUUUCUCAUAACAUUUGAAAGAUAGAGUAGGAGUGGUUCUCCAUCUAAUGGUUUUACCAAUAGAGGUGUUGAACUUAAAUACUUUUUUAAGUUCCUGGAAGGCAUCUUCAUGCUCCUUGGUCCACUCGAAUCUUUUAUUCUUCUUCAAGGUGUCAGAGAAAGGUUUACACCUCUUUGAGGAUCUUGAGAUGAAUUUAUAUAGGGCUGCCACUCUUAUUGUUAGUUUUUGAAUGUCCUUGGUCGAGGAUGGGGAUUUUAGAUCAAUGAUGGCCUUCAUCUGUUAUGGGCUUGCUUCUAUUCCUUUUUAAUUGCCAUUUAACCUAGGAACUUGCCAGAUUUCAUUCCAAAGUGACAUUUGGAAGGAUUCAACUUCAUGUUAUACCCGUCUAGUAUAUUAAAGGCUUCUUCAAGAUCCUUGAGGUGAUCUUCAGCUCUCUUGGAUUUGACCACCAUGUCAUCAAUAUAGACUUCCAUGGUGUCCCCUAAUUUGUCCUUGAACAUUUGCUUUACUAGCCUCUGGUAUGUUGCUCCUUCAUUUUUAAGACCUAAAUACAUGACAAUAUAGCAAUAUACAUGUAGGGGUUAUGAAUGCAGUAUCCUCUUGAUCGGAUGUUUCCAUCUGUAUUUGUUGGAAUCCUAUUGAAGCGUCUAUGAACGCCAUUAACUCAUGUCUUAUCGUGACAUCUAUCAUUGAGUUUAUGUUUGGUAAAAGGAAAGGAUUCUUAGGAUAUGUCUUGUUGAGAUCUGUGUAAUCCACACACACUCUCCAUUUUCCAUUCUUCUUUUGGACCACCACUACGUUGGAUUGCCAUAUUGGGAACUUCACUUCUUUAAUCAUCCCUAAUUUUAGAAGUUUUCCAACUUCUUCUUAAAUGAUUUGGUUCCUCUCAGAUGCAAAUUUCCUUCUUUUUUGGUGUAUAGGGCUGAAAGAAGGAUCUAUAUUGAGUUUAUGAGUUAUAAUUUUAUUAUCUAUACCUGUCAUAUCAUCGUGCUUCCAACCGAAGGUCUUGUUUUUAUCUUUUUGGAACUUUAUUAGUUCUUGCUCAAUUUGCUAUGGUACUAAGGAUCCUAUGAGGAAUUUGGCUUCAGGAUCCUUAAGGUUUAGGGGCACUUCCUUUACGUCUUGCUCUCUAGUCUCUAGCACACCUCAUUACCCCUGCUUUAAUUGUUAUUCUUGUCGUGGUACUGUUGAAGAUUUCAUUGAGGUGUUGUAGCAUUGUUUGUAUUCUUGCUGAUCCCUGACAAUCUUCAUUGUUCCCCAUGAGGUAGGCAUCUUGAUGCACCGGUGGUAAGUUGAUGGGAUCGCUUUCAUGUCAUGGUCUGCCUAAUAUAACAUUAUAGGAAGACAAAGCAUCAAUAACACAAAAAAGGUUGUAUCGAAUUUACCCCUUCAAUGUAGAUGAGUAACUUGAUUUCUCCAAUGGUGUGCUUUGUUUCACCACCGAAUCAUAUUAUGACCAAUGAUCUCUUGAUUAUUUUUUAUUCUGAUAUGUUCAUCUUGGUUAGAGAAUCAAAAAGUAUAAUAGCCAUUGAGGAUCCUCUGUCUACCAUAAUCCAGGAUGUUUUCUCUAUCCUGUUCGUCAAAGAUGAUCUCUUUGCUAUUUGUUAUCGAUGUACUUUUUUGGGGUCUUUCUUCCUUUGCCGUCUUGGACACUUUGGCGUGCCUUUUAACUGCAAAAUUAGAGGUUCCACAGAUAUCAAAUCCUCCGUAAAUAAAAUUGAUUACCUUGCCAUCCGAAGGAGGGGAUCCUCACUUUUCCGAGAUCUUAGGCGGAUCCUGGUCUUUCUCUCUGGAUAUUUCAUUUCUUCUUCCUAGGAUCUCUUUGACGUAUCCUUUGCUUAAGAGGUAAUAGAUCUUAUUCCCGAGAGCUAUACAAUUCUUUGUAAUGUGGACGAAGUCUUCGUGGUAUGCACACUACUCAGACUUAUCCCUCCUGUCGGUGGACUUUUCCUUUCCAUGGCGACCUUGCUUUGUCGCCGAGAUCCUGCAUAACAUAGAUUAUACCUAAAACAUCCACAGAAAAAUAAUAAUCAGUGGUCUUGGGGAAUUCAUCUUCCUCUUCUUCAUCCUCAAGGGCAUUAACCCUAUGAUGACCAAGUUUGGAAUAAGGUUUUGACUUAUAAGAUCUUUGGACCGAGGAGUCGGCCUUCCUAUUGGGGUUAUCGUAUGAGUUAAGAGGGUUGUUCCUCUUCUUGAUCUCUUUGUCCUCUUCCAACCUGAUAAACCUUAAUGCUCUAAUCCUGACUUCGUCCAUCCUUUUUCAUGGAGUCAUUACAAGGUCUUCAUUAAAAUGAGAGUUCUUCUUCAGUCCCAUUUUGAGUGCUUCUACGAUAGUUGUCAUAUUAAUGUUAGGGAUAGUUAAGGCUUCCCUUCCAAACCUAUUCACAAGUCCCUAAGGGAUUCCUUAGGAUCCUGGAUUACCCGAUAAAGAUCUUUAGUGAUAUUUCAAAAGUUAUGCUACAAGAAAAUUGAUUGUUAAAAAAAAAUGUGCACAUCAAGUAAUAGAGUAAGGAGGAACAUUAAGUAGCCAUUUUAAGGCUAAUCCUGUGAGGUUCGAACCAAAACCCUUACACAUGCAAGCUUCUUUCAAGUGUAAGGGAAUGGGGAUGAUCUCCAUUCUUUCCCUAUAUUAUGUCAUGUGUGUCUUCAGGAUCUGUAGUCCCAUCAUAAGGUUUCCUAUUGGGAGUUUGGAAACGUUUUAAGACUUCAGUUUCAGCUAUCACAGGAGCAAAUCUCUAGGUCAUGUGACUGGUGAGAGAUACUUCGGGCAUAGGCUGGACUAUCCCUGGUACACUUGAUAUCAUCUUCCUUAGCUGUUGAAGUUCUUUGGCCAUGACCGGACUUGUUCCUGCAUUGAAAUCUAUGGAGUUAGUACUAAAGGUAUUAUUAUUCACGAAGUUACCAGGAUCCUUGUUAUUAAGAGUAAAGAAGGUUUCAUUGGGAUCUUGGAUUAUAGGAGAUCACUUAUUUCGAGUUACACCCCAAGCAGGAUAAAUGGUAAGCGUUGAGGAUCCGAUCUCUCGGCGAUCCCCUGAGGAUCCUGAGUUAUCAAAGUUCAGGAUCUUGGAUUGCAAGAUCCAGGGUGCUGCUUUAUGAGGUUUACAGAUCUCCGUCCUCACUCUUUCCAUUUCAUUAAUCAUCAUCCUGUUGUCCUCCUAUUGUCGAGAUACUUGUUGUUCCAAUCUCUUCAUCAUGGCAGAGAGUUCGUUAUUAGAGAUCUCUACAGGAGGAUCUUGAAAUCCUUGGGUAACAGUUGGGGAAGUGUUUUCCUUCGGUGCAUUAGAAGUCUUUUUAGGAGGUCUGCUCGGAGUUGGGGGAAGGUUUUUUUAGGAAAUGGGAGGAAUAGAGGAAGAGGAUAAAGUUGGUUGGGUAGACAUAAUUGUAGCGAAUUAUGAGCAUUUGAUUUGGCAUGCGAAAUUAAAAGAGCACAAAGAACAUGGUGAUUUGGGUGCUAAAAUAUGUAUUCGAUCAUAGUAAAUGAGUACAAAAAGGGAUCUAGAUCUAACUCUACAUAAAUAUUACACUCACUAGUCACAAUGAACUACAUCUCUCAAGCACACUCUACAAGUGGUGUGCAACCCACUAUAUAUAGAGGUGCUAACAUGUCCUUCUCUCUCUCUCUCUCUCUCUCUUUCACUCACUCACUCAUGUUACAAUGAAUCAAUCCCAUAUACAAGUGGUUCUACAAGAUUCAAACCCUUACAAAGUCACUCCAUGAAUAACUUUGCACCCUAACAUUCCCCCCUCAAAGUUAGGAAUGGAUGACCCGCUUCAAUCUUCCAAAAAUGAGCAACUUCACGAACUAAGCCUCAAGCGUGACAAAAUGUAGAAAUGAACUUCAAAUCUUCAAUUCUUCAAUGAAUUUCCAAUCUGGGUUCUAGAGUGUGAGGCCUUACAAACCGAUCAUCAAAAGGUAAUUAGGAGUAUCCAAACCUCCACAAGAUUACCCAAAUUUGAGCAUAAAAGUACACUCUAAAAAUCUUCAUUAAGUCCAAACCCAUCACGAACCGGGAAAAACCCAAAUCACUUCAGAAUCUCAAAUCGAAUCACUUCAUAAACUUCGAUUGCUCAAGGUCACAUCGAUCUUCAAGUCCGCGUAAUAUGAAAAAUUCACAACUUUCGAAUUCUCAUAUUUAAAUCUCUCCCUUUUUAUAAUAAAAAAAUGAUUAUAAAACCGAAAAGGAAUGAGAAAGCGCUCAAUUCCGAAUUUUAUAUACAAAACUCUCCCUUAACACAUGGCAUAAACGUUUUGCAUAAAUUCGGAAAAUCCAAAAAUGUCAUAAUUUUCAAAUUUGAUACUUCUCGGACCGCCUUUGACUUAAAUUUCAAAUAUCCGGGUAGAAACUGUCAAUUUCGAAAUUAUACAGGGACCCGUUGUGCCAAAAUAACUUUCAAAUGCGAAACUUUACCCCAAAUGCGAAACUGGGCAUAAAGUGUCAAUUCGCAUCAACUGUAGGGACCUGAUUCGAAAAUAUUCUAAUUUCUCAAAAUUUUUACCCCAAAUGAAAAACUGGGUAAAAUUUGCCAAUUCGCAUAAACUGUAGGUAUGUGAAAUGAAAAUUCAACAUUUAUCACAUUUUAUGACCCCCAUUGCGAAAGUGUGUUAAAACUGUCACUUCCUUGAAAGUUCAGGGAUACGAAAUGAAACAAUCCUUUCACUUCGCAUUCCAGUUGCAUAUGAAGACUUUCGCACAUUGAACAUACGAUCCAUGGAUGCGAACGAACCAUCUGAUACCAACCCAAUCAUCUAUCUUAGAUGCGAAGCCUUGUUUGACCGUCAACCUAAUCCAUACAACCUCAUAUGCGAAACUGAUUUUGACCCACAAAACCAAAACACGAUUGUGCCCACAAAUGCCAAAUCACUUUAUUCACAUAUCAAACUGGUUUGGAGCGUUCGACAUCAAGCUAAUCACCACAAAUUGAACCUGAUUUCGACAUCAAUUAACCCAAGCAACAAUCGACUCCAAAAUUUAUCUGUUGACCACAAAUACAACCCUUCAUUCUCAAAUCAACAUCAUUCCAAAUACGUUCAACACCAUGAUCCAAUUCCAAACCAAAUUUGACCCUAUAUGUCGAAAUUAACUCCUUUUUGAGUUACAAGACUCCAUCGUUCGACAUUAAUAUUGACCACAAGAGGUUCAAUUUCCAAAUCACGUUCAAGAUGCGAACAUGAACCCAUUCACAGUGCUCAACAUCAAGUCCAUGAACCCAACCAAUUUCGAAAUUCGACUCAAAUCAAACACUAUUUCGACAUCUAACAACCCAAGUUUGACUUGUAUCAACCAAUUUCAACCUUCAAUUCAUAGAAUAGACACUUGAGAAUCUGAUUUUGACUACUUUUUUCGAGUUUGACUUUUCGAAUUCAAUGGUCAACAAACACAAAAUUGAUGAUGCUAACAUCUAAUUUCAGAUCAAAAAGUGAUUAUUCAACCAUUCCUGGUCAAGUUCUUCAAAACCAAAGAAUUGAUUGACAAAUUUUAACUUCAACUUGAUCAUAAUCGACUGAUAAUAACACAAAUCAUAUCCAAUUGAUUCACAAGUCUAGAUUCAAGAACAAGCUCUAAUUUAUUAUUAGUAACAUGAAAACGAAAACCGAAAAUCAUGAUCGAGGUAUAUAACUGAGACAUGAAGAUUAGAAUGCGUAUUCGUGAAGCCAUGACGAACCAAAAAGGAUACCGAGUCAAUCAGCGAGUUUAAUGAUUUUUAGGUACAACCUUUUAAGAUAUCAGAUCGAAAGAAAAAACUUAUGGGCUCAAUAUAUGGACUAUGAACAGUAAGAGACUAGAUAUCGGAUCAUAGACAAAAUGAAUUUUAGGCUCAAGAUAACAAAUUCAAUUCACUUUUGGGCUUGAUUUUGAUUAAAAUGAACAACUGCAAAUUGAGAAUUGAAUAAAACAUAAGAAAAUAGGAUCAAAUCAGCCUUGAUCAAUGGAAAUUUUAUUGGAUCAUAACAAAUGGGUUUUUCAAAAAAAAUGAUCCAAUGAGUCAAAAUGAUCAAAUAUUCAAUAACGUAAGCACGAAUCAAAGAGAUUUUGAGAGAUCAUUGAGAGACUCACCAUAAACGUUCCAAUUGUGUUGAAUGUAGCCAAAUCGAGAACUGUUUCUUCAAAAAUCACUUUGAUCUUUGAAGACCCGUUCUAAUACCAAAUGUAGUGAAUUAUGAGCAUUUGAUUUGGCAUGCGGAAUUAAAAGAACAUCUCUCUCUCUCUCUCUCUCUCUCUCUCUCGCUCUCUCUCACUCUACAAGUGGUAUGCAACCUACUAUAUAUAGAGGUGCUAACCUCCAUCUCUCUCUCUCUCUCUCUCAUGUCAGAAUGUAACAUCCAUAAAAUUCAUGAAAAAUUUAAACUUUUAAAACAACCCAUAAAUCAUCAUUGUUUACAAAAUAGUUUCCAAAACAUAUUAAAUAUAAGAGUUUUCCCAAAAUCAUAAAACCAAACACGAGGAGGUGCACGAUCGAUCACGCCUUCGCCUUCGCACGAUCCUCUAAGGUACCUGAAACACAAUCCAAAACUGUAAGCUCAAAGCUUAGUGAGUUCCUCCAAAAUACCAACACACAAACAAAUAGCACAUAUACAACAACAACAUGCAAUUGGUCCAUAACUAACAAACCGGAUUACCCCUGAGCCCACAACAUAAGUCUAGAUCGCCCUUAGCCCACAACUUAUGUCUGGCUUGCUCCCCGGCCAAGUCAGUCCUUAGACUGAAUACCACUAAGCACUCAGUACGAGUAUGGCAUGCCCUUCUUGGCCCUCAACUCGUAUCUGAAUGCUCAUGAGGCUACAGUAUGAGUCUGGCAUACCCUCCCUGACCCUCAACUCAUAUCUGGUUUGCUCCAGGGUUUGUUGGCUACCGCACGGAGCAGUACUACCUCAGCCCAACCCACACAAUAUAUCGACAUAUAAUAGAUAAUAACAUACAUAGAUAAUAAGACAGUAUCAUAGGUAGUCCUACAGAUCUACCAGACUGUAACGCCUGUGUUUCCGGGCUAGCCAUUUUUAGCAAUGUAAUGAUCUAGGUUAACCUUUGUAACCCGUUUUGAAAUAAUAAGAUUGUAUUAUUUGAGUAUUAUGUGUUUUGUGCUUAAUUGCUUAAUUAUGUGGUUUGAUUAAUUAAGAAUAAAAAUAAUCGUCAAAAUUUAAAUGUAAAAUAAACUUGAUAUCUUUGGUUGAUGUUGUAGUAGUUGAAACGAGGUUUCCGAAUAUAUAUAUAGAACACCCAAAUUUGACUUCGUAUGAGGAAGUUAUGAUUUAUCGAAGUUUCGACUUAGCGGUAUGCAGCCUGAAAUACUCGAUUUGAGAUCGAGUGGUUUUUAGCCAAAGCAAUCUAAACGAGGAUCGAAGGUCUCGUUGUUGGUAUCGAAGCGAUGAAAAGUUAGGCGAGAACGGACGUCAAACGAAGAAGUUAUGAAUUUAUAAUGAAGUUUUCUGUCCCGGCCUAUUAAAAAUAAAUAAUAAAAAUAAAGUUAAAAUUAGCCGACAGAGUCUAAACGAAAGUUGUAGAGCGUAGUCUCACCUUCGCGUGGAUAUAAAGAACGUCGAAAACGGAGUUCGUAUGAAGAAGAUAUGAAUUUCCGAAGUUUAUUAAAUUAUUUGUAUUUAAAUUUAAUCUUUAAUUCGGAUGGGUAUCCGAAGGAGUCACCGAUCUGAUCCGAAGUACGCCCCGCGUACACCGAGGAAUGUCGACACUCGCACUCGCGCACUUCGGAUACGUAAGCAGUGACGAUUUCGGAGCAGUACGCCCCGCAUACUCCGAGGCUCCAGCCUCUUAUAAAUAGGAUGCGAGGGCAGCCGAGUUCUUUUGCUCUUUUCUCUCUUCUCUCUCCCGUUUUGCAUCGAUUUGUGUGCCAGAAAUACCCCGAAGCCCCGUAUUAUUCUCGAGCCCCGAAGCAAGUCCCGAGAUCCCGAAGAUCCCGAGAAGUGCGGUUCUCGAACCGAAGCUCUGCCCGCGAGAAGUUCGAUUUUUGUGAAGAUCUUCCAGAUCUGCUGAGGAUUACUACUUCUGCAAGUCGUAGUGCUGUCUGAUCAUCUUCUGAUCAAGUGAGUGUAUACUACCUUUCAUAAACACGAUAAUAAUACAAGUAUGGUUUGAGUGUAUUAAGUAUAUUGUUGUUUAUAUGUGUGAAUGUGUAUUCACUUUCUUUUAUCUUAUAGAUCUGAUUAUAUUCUCUAUGAAAUACGUGUUAUGUGUGUGUGCCUCAUCUGUUACGUGGAAUAUGUAUUGAUUAAAGCAUGCUAUACAUGUUUUUAAACUAUGUAUAAAAAUGUAUAUUUUAUCUACUAAUAUGUUGGGUAGAACAUGGAUAGAUAGUUGGUGUGUAAUAAACAGAUGAGAGGCCUCGUUGUUGUUCGAUUUAGUCAUCUAGCGGAGUUUAGAUGACGACCACGGACUUUUCUAGAUAGUCUUGUGGAAACAUUAGCAGGUUCGCCACAUGUAGGUGUUAAUGAACUCAGGUGUUCAUUCGUUGUACUCCAUCCCCCCCAUGGUUGCCUUAUUUGACUUAUAUUGCUGAGGAACCCCCGAAGCAUGUGUUGUCGCCCCGAUGAAAUAUUCUUAGACUAGGUCCCUUGUGUUAGUUAUUUUAGGGACAUAAAGUGAGAAUAACGGGAAUGGGUAAUUGGGUUAUUGUUGGUUGGUGGAAUUAAAUAUAAUUAUUUAUUGUGGGUUGAAAACCCUAUAUGCUCAUCAGGCUCCCAAGCCUGCCCACUCAGUUUUAUUUGUAUUACAGGAAGUGGCGCGAGGGCAUAAGAUGGAUGAACCAUCAAGUUGUUUUGUUUACAAGUCUGUAUAUGUAUAUAUUUGUUGAAUGACUUGUAAUGUUAUCGUUUAUGCUUAUUGGUCUGUAUCGGAACAUGACACCCCGAGUUUUGAUUAUAUAAUGAAAAUACAUUUCUUUUAUGAAAUGCUUUGGUAAACAUUGUUUUAUCAUGUUUUGUUUUUGGGAACAAAUUCCGCAACUCUUUCAAAUCAAAAGGAUUUACUCUGAAAUUAUUUAAAAGCAUAAAUGAAAAUCGGUCUUUUCUGGCCGAGAUUUUGGGGAUGUCACACAGACUAGCAUAUCAAAACUAGUAUGCAUAUCUAUUCCAUACUCAGCAAAUCAACGAAUAUCAGGUUAUCAACUAAUGGGUCGGCCUUGGUGCCUUCGACCCGUAAGUAGAGUGAGGAAAAGUUACUGCUUAAUCACACUGAAAGUCUCAGGUUGCUGGCUCACUAAAAUCCCCGCGCUAUCACAACAAAAUAAUUGUCCAAUUAAUAAUUAGAUUACAACCCUUAGCUAAUAGUCCAUAAUUAGGGUAAAAGGCCACUUUACCCUUUCCCCAGUUGGGCCAAGACCAAGGCCCAAAUCUUGAUCCAAAAAGGCCCAAAACGAAGUAAUCGCAAAAAGCCUAUAUUCGGCCCAAAUUUCCACAUUAGGCCCAAACUUCUACUUGGGCCUUACCCUAAAGUCCAUCCCUUCACUUAGCCCAAAACACCAAUACUCACAUGGUCCAAUAAGGGCCCAAGAAUCUAAGCCCAAAAGGUGGCCCAAACUUGCUAAACCCAACAGACUGGGUACGCACGGCGUACCCAGCUGUAUGCUCAACGUACUCCGCCAUGACCAAGAAACGCGCUGCUGAGCACCUAUGCCCAGCGUACGCCCCGGUACGCCCAACGUACGCGGUGACCAUGCAAACUUUCGAAUAAGGGCUUAAUCCAUUCAGUCCAAAUCCAUAUCCAAGUCCAAGAAAGUAAUAUUAACCACAAAGUUUCCAAUUUUAUGGUUUUUCAUGCAUCAUUAAGACCCAAAACCAACUUCCUAGUUUGUCUUAACCACUAAAGACCUCCACACUUUGCAUGCAAGCACUAAAUGAGUGAAGGAAGCAUUUUGAUGACUUAACACAACUCAAAUCCUCUGAAAAGGCAGCUCCUUUGGUCUUAGAGUAGCAUUUACUCAUUAAGUCCAAGAAAAAGGGACAAAACUCAUAAAACUCCAUAUGGCUAGAUCUCUAAGAAAUACAAGUAAAGUUCAAGGCUUUAUACCUUCUGGUGCUUCCUAAAGAGAUGAAGAUCUCAGAUCUACAAGCUUGAAUUCCACACCAAAGCUUCUCAAAGAAUCCUUUCUUCUUUCUUCAACACCAAGAACACACACACACACACACUCAAGCUCAACACACACAAGGGCUAAGGCUUGCAAGAUCGACUCAAGGAGGGUGGAGGCUGAAAGGGUGAGUGAAAUGGGGUUAUAAGGGGUGUUAUUGUUGGGUUUUACGUACUUUAACAUCCUUAUGGUGCACAUACAACCCUAACGCUUUGGAUCUAAGUUUUCUCUAGUUAUCAUGCAAUAAAAUUAUCCAUGUCAUGAAGCAUACAACUAGAAUACAAUUUGAUAUGUGCAACAUAAAAUCAAGUUAAAUGAAUACCUCUAUUUUGUAGCUUGUAGAAUUUGGCCUUUCAAGAGCUCAACACCUCAAGUGUGAUGCCUCUAAUGGAAUCACAAGACACCAUGAACAAAUGGAUGAUAAUGAGAGAGAGAGAGAGAGAGGUUAAGCACACCAAAAAUCGGUUAUCCUCUUCAUAGAAUACACGAGUCACGAUUUUAGGGUUUACGAAAUACAUAUAUAGUGUAGAAUUCCAAGAGGCAUAUGUAAACCCUAAUUCUCACACUUAGGCUUAUGACCCAAUAACUCAUAUGGACUAACUCUUCAUGGACUCUCACAUACACUUAGUCCAUCAUGGAUCAAUAACCCAAACCAUAUGUAUCACUAAUUUACAUAAUCAGUCCCCGUUAAUUUAAUUAGUCUCUUUGAUCACUAAAUUAAUUCCAAACUAAUUCUUGAUCAAUGCUAAUUAAAUAAUAUGAUUUCUCAAUUAAUAUACUAUACUUAUAAUAUAUUAAUAAAUCACAAAUAAUCUCUUUCUCAAAUAUCCAUCUGAUGUGAGUUUAAUGUGUUUAUAUUUUAUCCACGUUAAUUUAUAAAAGUUAUUCCCUUCGCUAGACUAUUAAACACACUAGGCAAUGUACCUAAUUUUGCAAUAGUAUAACAAUGGUAAGAAUGAGUGUCGAACACAAGGAACGGUGUUUAAAUUACUUUAUUUUACUAUUUAACUACCUAUUAAUCAAAUAAGAAAAGGUAUAUGUUUUCCUAGUUUUGCAAGACUAGAUACUUAAUUACCAACUAACUCAAAAUUUACUUAAUUAAAAUAACACUAAAACUAAGCAAGUAGACAAGUAUGAAUGUACCAAGGUGAGAAAGAGACUUUCAUUUAGCUUCGGAUUCGUUGUUAUUGUAGUUGAUUUAUGGAAGUGCAAUGGAUUUAGUUUCUUUAGUUACCGAUUCCUAAGAUGACCAAAGUAGUAUUCACUAAUUUAAUCCUUUAGCAAACUAGCUUAUUUAUUCGGUGAUCAUGCGGACAAACUUACCAACUUACUAGUGUUCAAUUCGAAUUGAUAAGACUUAUAAUUAAUUGACCAACUUAGUUUGUUGAUUCAAUUUCAUAUAUGAUUUUUCGUCAUAUAUUGGCUUCUAUACUCUUUUAUCCACUUUACUACUUAAUCCUAGGUUUUAUUCAAAACUCUAGUCCUACAACUUUGCAAAUCACAAGAUCAUAAGAUUCAAAUCUAAUUAAGAGAGAUAGUCAUACUAACUUAAUCAAAUUCAGCAAUAAGUAGAGGAAAGCAGUUAUCAAAAGUACUUGAGGUUAUUUAAUAAGCUAAAUCAAUAAAUAACUAAAUCCAAACCAUAAAAUCAACUAACAAUAUUCAACUCAUCCUAAGCUAAACGAAAGUCAUGAGUGUUUAGCUCAUGAUUUCAGCAAAUAAAAUCACAAAUACUAAAUUCAAGGUGUUAGACAUGGCUAAAUCAAAGAAAAAUCGAAGUGUAAGUUCAAUUGCCUUAAUGCUCUUCCUUCCAAUGGUUGUGAUUGAAAUCCUUGCUUCCAAGCUUAAAUUCUAGUGUUUUGCCUCAAAAAGUAUCCAAUUCUCCAAAGCCAAAAGUCCCCAUUCGGAGAUUUAUGUGUUCUAUUUAUACUUUUCCUGAAAUCAGGGCACCACGUUGUGGUGGUCAUAUUUAUCCCGUAUUCUCCAAGUCUUCGAAGCUGAUUGGGAUUCUUCAAGUCGCCAUGCGUGGUGCGAUUACCACGACGUGGUAGGUAUAUUUUUCUUCAUUUUUAGCUUUGGUUCCAAAUUCCAUCUUCCAACUUCUUUAGUCCGACUUCCAGCUUCGUUUUUUCUCCAAGCAUUUCUUUUAGUCCCUACAACAUAAUUCAUAGAAAAUUAGGUAUCUUUUGUUCAUAUAAUGGGAUAAAAGUAAUAAAAAUAUUAAUGUAUGUUGUAUAAAUAUGCACAUAUCACCAUCAUAUCAAAUUGCCCUGGUGAAUGUGACCCAAAAGGACCAUGCUACUAUCGGGUCAAAUACAUACCAAUUAUAGUUAUGGGCUUAGACACCUAAUCCAACAGUUAUAUAGGGCUCAACCCUAAAAUUUAGGGUUUCCAACAUCUGAUGAGUACGCCACGCGUACGUAAACGUACACCCAACAUACUAGGGUACGCCCUAGUAUGCUAAGCAUACACACGUACGCAUGGUGUACUCCCAUUCCUUCCAAAUUACGGUUUUGCCAUUAGGUAUUCUCAUGGCGACUUCCUUCUACUAUAGGGACCAAAAUGACAUGAAUUAAAUUAUAAGGAUGAAUUUAAAAAUACUUGAACAACGGGGUGUUACACACAAGGAAUCAAUCCCAUAUGCAAGUGGGUCUACAAGAGUCAAACCAUUACAAGUCACUUCAUGAAUAACUUUGCACCCCCAACAACGAUCUUUGGACGGUUACGAAUACUACGACCUCACGGCAGGCACCAAAUUGUUUUGGUAAAAAAUCGAUCAAAUGGAUAUCAACCAAGGUAUAUAAGAGGGUGUGGUGCUGUGAAUAAUCUGAGUACUAAACUGAGAUAAAAAUAAUACGAGUGGUUUACAAGGAACGCCAUUGAUCUUUGAUAGGAUCUCCGACAUAAAACAUUGGGAGGUUAUAAUGAUCAUUUGCCUUAUACGAUCUUAUUGAUUUGAAUGUAACUUACAGAGAUAAUGAUUGAAAUACGAUUACAAGUGUUUCCCUAGCUCUAGGGCUGUAAGGUGUCAAAAGAUUGUGCCCGUUGUGUGUGUUUUACAGGUGUAUAUAUAGUAUAGGUUAAGUAACUAAAAGUUCGAUAUUUCUGAGAUCCUGUUGAAUUGGUAUUUACACGUGCAUUGACCUGGUAUUUCCGUGUCUUAAGCAUAGCAAGGAUAGUAAGAAAAUGAGAUGCAUGUAUAGGGUCAUGAAAUCAGGGAGAUUGACUAUCCAAACCGCCUAUUAUUGUUUUGAUUUUAGUGUCGUUGUAAGAUCUUACAAGUUUGUGAGUGUUAUUAACGAACCACAUUUCUGAUUCUGUCCCCAAAACUUUUAAAUGUACACUAAAUCGUUUUGAGCUAUUGCAACUCUUGACAAAAAUCAAAAUAAUUAGUGGUGAGGAAAAACAACGAUCAAAAGGGUUAUUGGAGAGAUCAACAACACAUGGGAAUUGACAAUACAAUCAUUGAGCAACGUGAAUGGAGGAUAAUCCAUUGGCAUUGCCAUGAAUGUAUGAUGUCUCAUUGAGGUCUAUAAAGAAAUAAAGGACAAUAACCGUUUUCCAAUUUACAUAAAUUUAUGGAGGAUUUGUUGUGUGAUACCCUUGUGUAUAGGUGAUUCAAAUCUGAGUUGAAUUCAAUAAUUUUCAUGGAUUUGGGUUUUAAAACAAAACUUCAUGAAUGAUCUAUAUAGCUUGUAAAAGACGAUAUUGCACUCACAUGCAUCGCACAUGUUAUGACUUAACAAACUAAAAUAGACAAUGUUAGCCAUGAAGACCGUCUCUAAAAAAUUUUAAAAUCAUAUGGACCUUCUAUGACACCAAAAAAAAUUAAAUACUAAACUUAAUAUUAUAUAAAUGAAAUACUAAAAUCACAGACUUUUCACAAGACCGAAAAAAAUUAAAUACUAAAAAAUUAAAACCACAGGACAAUUCACGAAGAUUUAUCUAAAAAAAAUAUUCGUCCACAGAAAUUAAAUAACGUUAUUAUACAAAUAAAUGAAAUAUACUAUAUUUUAUGCGUAUAAAUCAAUUUUUUAACAUACAUACGAACGAGAGAGUGUAUUUAAAAAUAAAAAAUAAAAAAUAAAACAACGUUUAAACCCUUUAUGCCACGUCUCCGACAGUUCUAAUAUCUACACCACAUUUUUCUCUCUCUCUUUCUCUCUUCUUCGCAUCACUUUUGUUCCACUCACAAUUCCAGGGUUGCAAAGUAUUUUCUGACGCUGCAGUGUUGAUAAUUCGUUCAAACUCCUCGAAAGAACUUUUAAUCACAAUGCAAUCAACCAAGAACACACUCCCAUUUGCUUUUCUGCUUCUUCUUGUUGCUCUGUUCUUCGUUUUCGCGAAUGGCGAACCCUAUUUUUCUACCUUCAACACACCCACUUCAGG